UGGCCUAAUACAAACGUCACCGGAGAAUUUAGGUUUCUUCUUCUCCGAUAAUCACCGGAGAAUUUUCUUCGAUUCUGUCAACAAACUCACUCACUCUUGCUUAAUCUUUAGGUAAGAGAUGGAGGAGAUGUUUGCUCUGAUAGUCUCCAUGAUUCUUAUAUUGUCGGUGAUUCCUUUGUUCUUGUGGAAACGUCGGAAAGAUGCUAGAUCACCGGAGCAAGUUGCAGAACCGCCGCGUGAGAACGUGGCACGUGCAGCUACUACUGGUGGUGGUGGACGUAGGAUGCGGCGGAGACCUGCAGCUUCUUCUGGUGCUAGCUCCUCCUCUACUACAUCUAAUGUUCAAGAAAACAUCAGUGGGAGUGAAGAUGAAGAUGAAGAUGAAGCUGGUGGAUCUCAAGUUAGAGCAUCGAAGAAGAAAGAGAAGAAGCGACAAGAGCGUGAAGCACAAAGACAGGCUGAAGAAGCUACACGCGAGUCAAAGAAUACAAAACAAGAUUGGUAUGCAGAAAUGCGGAGGAAGAAGGACGAAGAGCGUGAGGCAGAGGAGCGGAAGUUGGAAGAAGAAGAAAAAGCGCGACAAGCCAAGGAAGAAGAGCAAGCUGCUUUAGAGUUUGACAAAUGGAAAGGGGAAUUCUCAGUUGAUGCUGAAGGUACUACAGAGGAAGCGCAGGGUGAAAACCAAGAUUUGCUUUCUGAAUUUGUUGAAUACAUAAAGAAACAGAAAUGUGUUCCACUUGAAGAUCUCGCCGCAGAAUUUCAUUUACGAACUCAGGAAUGUAUAAACAGGAUCACAUCUUUGGAGAGCAUUGGGCGGCUCUCGGGAGUCAUGGAUGAUAGAGGAAAAUACAUUUACAUAUCAAUGGAGGAGAUGAAUGCGGUUGCGGAUUACAUCAAACGUCAAGGAAGAGUUAGUAUCUCACAUCUAGCAAGCAAGUCGAACCAGUUCAUCGACUUGGAGCCCAAAGUAGAGCACCAACUGAGUGAAGAAAUUAGCGGCAUGGAAGAGAUCUCGGUUUCUUAGUCGGGUAAAAUAGUUUGUCAAAAACAAGAAAUUUCAAAGAAACUAACAUGUUCACUUCUAUAAACGAAAACGUUCCGAGCUGAAGCAAGUACUAGUCUCCUUAAGCCCGGAACAAAGUUUUUGUUAAACUAGUUUAUUCAGUUGUGUUACUUCCUCCUUGUCUCUCACUAGACAUUUAGAUUGGAUUUUAGUAA